UUCAUCUUUGUUGAAUUCUAAUGUUUAAACAGAAACCUAUGUUUCUUCGCUCAGUGUCGUCCUCAUUUAUCUUCAUUCAUGGAGUUCCUCGUAAGCUCAAGACCAGAACUGUCCUUCGUACUCUUUGUCAGAUCAGGAGAGCUAGUUUUACUGCUAUAUCUGUUUCUAUCUCUGAGGAUGAGUCAUUUCAAGAAAACGGAAUCGAUUCCGUUGAGAAUUGUGGAAUUCGACCUAAUCAUCAAACUUUGAAAUGGCUUCUUGAAGGAUGUUUGAAGACAAAUGGGUCUUUAGAUGAAGGAAGAAAGUUGCAUUCUCAGAUUUUGAAGUUGGGUUUUGAUAAUAAUGCUUGCCUCUCUGAAAAGCUUCUUGAUUUUUAUCUAUUUAAAGGAGAUUUAGAUGGUGCUUUGAAGGUGUUUGAUGAAAUGCCUGAAAGAACGAUUUUUACUUGGAAUAAGAUGAUUAAGGAGUUAGCUUCUAGAAGUUUGAGUGGGAAAGUGUUUUGUCUUUUUGGGAGAAUGGUUAAUGAGAAUGUUACUCCGAAUGAAGGAACCUUUAGUGGUGUUUUGGAAGCAUGUCGUGGCGGUAGUGUUGCUUUUGAUGUAGUUGAGCAGAUUCAUGCGAGGAUUAUAUAUCAGGGUUUGGGGAAGAGUACGAUUGUGUGUAAUCCUUUGAUUGAUUUGUAUUCGAGAAACGGGUUUGUGGAUCGAGCUAGAAGGGUUUUUGAUGGAUUAUAUCUCAAGGAUCAUAGUUCUUGGGUUGCUAUGAUAUCAGGGCUGUCAAAAAAUGAAUGUGAAGUUGAAGCUAUUAGAUUGUUCUGUGAUAUGUAUGUUUUAGGUAUCAUGCCAACACCUUAUGCGUUUUCAAGUGUUUUAAGUGCGUGUAAGAAGAUAGAAUCUCUUGAGAUUGGCGAACAGCUUCAUGGGCUAGUACUGAAGUUAGGUUUUUCCUCUGACACUUACGUUUGUAAUGCGCUUGUAUCGUUGUACUUUCAUUUGGGGAGUUUGAUAUCAGCAGAACACAUCUUCAGCAACAUGUCACAGAGAGAUGCGGUUACUUAUAACACUCUUAUCAACGGGCUUUCUCAGUGUGGUUACGGUGAGAAAGCUAUGGAAUUGUUCAAAAGAAUGCAGCUUGAUGGACUUGAACCAGACAGCAAUACUCUUGCAAGCCUUGUGGUUGCAUGUUCAUCUGAUGGAACUCUUUUUAGUGGACAACAACUACAUGCGUACACAACUAAACUUGGUUUUGCUUCAAACGACAAGAUUGAAGGUGCACUUCUUAAUCUGUAUGCAAAAUGCUCUGAUAUUGAAACCGCCCUCAAUUAUUUUCUUGAGACUGAGGUUGAAAAUGUAGUUCUUUGGAAUGUUAUGCUAGUUGCUUAUGGGCUAUUAGACGAUUUAAGAAAUUCGUUUAGGAUUUUCAGACAGAUGCAGAUAGAGGAAAUUGUUCCAAAUCAAUAUACCUACCCGAGUAUUUUGAAAACUUGCAUACGACUUGGGGAUCUUGAGCUCGGAGAGCAAAUCCAUAGUCAAAUAAUAAAAACUAGCUUUCAGCUUAAUGCCUAUGUUUGUAGUGUGCUUAUCGAUAUGUAUGCAAAAUUAGGAAAGUUAGAUACUGCUUGGGAUAUCCUGAUAAGGUUUGCUGGGAAAGAUGUUGUGUCUUGGACAACAAUGAUUGCAGGUUACACGCAAUACAAUUUUGACGACAAAGCUUUAACAACUUUCAGGCAGAUGUUGGAUCGAGGGAUCCGGUCUGAUGAAGUUGGAUUAACAAAUGCAGUUAGUGCAUGUGCUGGUCUUCAAGCCUUAAAGGAAGGACAGCAAAUUCAUGCUCAAGCUUGUGUAUCUGGUUUCUCAUCUGACCUGCCAUUUCAAAAUGCUCUGGUUACACUUUAUUCUAAAUGCGGAAAUAUAGAGGAAGCAUAUUUAGCGUUUGAACAAACUGAAGCUGGAGAUAAUAUAGCAUGGAAUGCUCUGGUAUCGGGAUUUCAGCAGAGCGGAAACAAUGAGGAAGCACUUCGUGUCUUUGCUCGAAUGAACAGAGAAGGAAUUGACAGUAAUAAUUUCACGUUUGGGUCCGCUGUGAAAGCUGCUUCUGAGACAGCAAACAUGAAACAAGGGAAGCAGGUUCAUGCUGUGAUCACCAAAACCGGAUAUGAUUCAGAAACCGAAGUUUGUAAUGCUAUAAUCUCUAUGUAUGCCAAGUGUGGGAGCAUUUCUGAUGCAAAGAAGCAGUUCCUCGAACUCUCCAUGAAAAAUGAAGUUUCUUGGAAUGCGAUGAUCAAUGCUUAUUCUAAACAUGGGUUUGGUUCUGAAGCACUAGAUUCUUUUGACCAGAUGAUACAUUCUAAUGUAAGGCCUAAUCAUGUGACGCUUGUGGGAGUUCUAUCAGCAUGUAGCCACAUAGGACUAGUGGACAAGGGAAUUGAAUACUUUGAAUCCAUGAAUACAGAAUACGGAUUAGCUCCUAAGCCAGAACACUAUGUGUGUGUAGUGGAUAUGCUAACCCGAGCUGGUCUUUUGAGCCGUGCGAAAGAUUUUAUUCUGGAGAUGCCUAUAGAGCCAGAUGCCUUGGUCUGGAGAACACUUUUGAGUGCUUGUGUGGUACACAAGAACAUGGAAAUAGGAGAAUUUGCUGCGCAUCAUCUCCUAGAGUUAGAACCGGAAGACUCAGCAACAUAUGUACUUCUGUCAAAUCUGUAUGCCGUGUGCAGGAAAUGGGAUGCUAGGGAUCUUACAAGACAAAAGAUGAAAGAAAAGGGUGUGAAGAAAGAACCGGGACAAAGUUGGAUUGAAGUUAAAAACUCGAUUCACUCUUUCUAUGUUGGUGACCAGAAUCACCCAUUGGCAGAUGAAAUACACGAAUAUUUCAAAGAUCUAACCAAACGAGCAUCUGAGAUCGGGUAUGUGCAAGACUGUUUCAGCCUCCUGAGUGAACUGCAGCAAGAGCAAAAAGAUCCGACGAUAUUCAUUCACAGCGAGAAACUAGCGAUUUCUUUUGGACUCCUUAGCUUGCCUGCAACAAUGCCUAUAAAUGUAAUGAAGAACCUACGUGUUUGCAACGAUUGCCAUGAUUGGAUAAAGUUUGUAUCCAAGGUAUCAAAUAGAGAAAUCAUAGUGAGGGAUGCUUAUAGGUUUCAUCAUUUUGAAGGAGGUGCUUGUUCAUGUAAAGAUUACUGGUAAGAGACAAAGCUUGGUAGCUCACUCGCCUCUUGUGGGAAGGUUAAGUCUAUGUUCCUAAGUUCGAGCUCUGGUUCUAGCUUGAAGAAGGAUAUCAUGGACCAAAGCUUACGGGUAAGCUGAAUUUUCAGCGAUGAUUAUUUACUUUAACACGAGAAGAAUUGUACAUGUAAGCCAAAAUUGAACAUGAAAGAAUUGUAUAAUUUAAACAUGGACGUAUCAAUUAAUGGCUUUGACUGGAACCAAAGGAACAAUGUAAAUGGAGAACAAAAUGAAUAAAGAAGUGGUGAAAAUGAA